ACCCUAAGAUGGCGGCGGGGGAGAGGCACUGAAGGUUGCCGGGGUCUCCGUCGUUCGGUCCCCGUCCCUCUCUCGCGCCCCCGCCCCGGGCAGCCGCCCCAUGGCCAGGGGGGGCCCGGGCCGCUCGCCGUGGCCAUGGACCUGCGCACGGCCGUCUACAACGCGGCCCGCGACGGGAAGCUGAAGCUGCUGCAGAAGCUGCUGGGCAGCCGGAGCCGGGAGGAGCUGGAGGCCCUGACGGCCGGGCCGGGCGGCGGGGGGACCCCGCUGCUGAUCGCCGCCCGCCACGGGCACCGGGAGGUGGUGGAGUUCCUGCUGGACCACUGCGGCGCGCGGGUGGAGGAGGGCGGCUCGGUCAGCUUCGACGGCGAGACCAUCGAGGGGGCCCCGCCGCUGUGGGCCGCCUCGGCCGCCGGGCACCUGGCGGUGGUGCGCUGCCUGCUGGAGCGGGGGGCCUCGGUCAACCAGACCACGCUGACCAACUCCACCCCGCUGCGGGCCGCCUGCUUCGACGGGCACCUGGAGAUCGUGCGCUACCUGGUGGGCGAGCGGGGGGCCGACCUGGAGGUGGCCAACCGGCACGGGCACACCUGCCUGAUGAUCUCCUGCUACAAGGGGCACCGAGAGAUCGCCUGCUACCUGCUGGAGAAGGGGGCGGACGUCAACCGCCGCAGCGUGAAGGGCAACACCGCCCUGCACGACUGCGCCGAGUCCGGGAGCCUGGAGAUCCUGCAGCUGCUGCUCCGCUCCAAGGCCCGCAUGGAGCGGGAUGGUUACGGCAUGACCCCGCUGCUGGCCGCCAGCGUCACCGGGCACACCAACAUCGUGGAGUACCUCAUCCAAGGAGGGCUGCAAAACGAGGAGGGGGACGAGAUGUCGGGGAACGAGGCCGGGGACUGCACUGCAAGGGGGUGGCAACAGAGGGGUUGCGCUCCUGGCCAGGAAACGCAUCCGUGCUGCCCCGAGGAAGUGCAGCGUGAGGGCCAGAAGGGAUGCGGUGCCGUUAGCCAGGAUGAACAGCAGGGCCCUUAUGAGCGCUGCAGUCGAGCGGCUGCUGUAGAAGCCCUGGAGCUGCUGGGAGCCACCUUUGUGGAUAAGAAGCGUGACCUGCUGGGGGCUCUCAAGUACUGGCGAAGGGCCAUGGAGAUUCGGCACCAGGGGGGGCAGUACCUGACCAAGCCUGAGCCCCGGCAGCUGGUGCUGGCUUAUGACUACUCCCGGGAGGUGAGCACCCUGGAGGAACUAGAAGCCCUGAUCACUGACCCGGAUGAGAUGCGCAUGCAGGCGCUUCUGAUCCGAGAGCGCAUCCUGGGCCCCUCUCAUCCGGACACCUCCUAUUACAUCCGUUACCGGGGGGCUGUCUAUGCUGACUCAGGCAACUUUGAACGCUGUAUUAACCUGUGGAAGUAUGCCCUGGACAUGCAGCAAGGCAACCUGGAGCCCCUCAGCCCCAUGACUGCCAGCAGCUUCCUUUCUUUUGCUGAGCUCUUCUCCUAUGUGCUUCAGGACCGCUCCAAGGGCACCUUAGCUACCCAGCUGGGCUUCUCCGACCUCAUGGGUGUGUUGAGCAAAGGGGUCCGGGAGGUAGAGCGGGCGCUUCUGCUUCACAAGGACCCAGUGGCCGACUCUGCACAGUUCACCAAGGCACUAGCCAUCAUCCUCCAUCUGGUCUUCCUGCUGGAGAAGGUAGAAUGCACCCCUGAGCAGGAGCACCAGAAGCGCCAGACCAUCUACUGCCUGCUGAAGUGCAGUCCCAGGGCCAAGAACGGGUUCACACCCUUGCACAUGGCUGUGGACAAGGACACCACCACAGUGGGGCGCUACCCAGUGGGCAAGUUCCCGUCGCUCCACGUUGUGAACCUGCUGCUGGAGUGUGGGGCUGACCCAGACAGCCGUGACUAUGACAACAACACCCCGCUGCACAUCGCUGCCCAGAACAACUGCCCACUGAUCAUGAGUGCCCUGAUGGAGGCCGGGGCCCACAUGGACGCCACCAACGCCUUCAAGCAGACAGCUUACGAGCUGCUGGAUGAGAAGCUGCUUACCAAGAGUAUAAUGCAGCCCUUUAACUACAUCACCCUCCAGUGCCUUGCUGCCCGUGCCCUGGACAAGCACAAGAUCCCUUAUAAGGGCUUCAUCCCUGAGGAGCUGGAGGCCUUCAUUGAACUUCAUUAGAGUGGGAGGACUGAAAUCACCAGUCUUUCCCACGAACUGGCUCAUCAUCCCUAAGAGGAAGGGAAAUCCGAGGUCUGGAGGCAGAUCCUUUCCCUGGGUGCUGGAAGCCUUCGUUGCACUGAGGCAGGCUGCAGCCAUUGUCCUUUCCCAUCAUGGAGCUUAUCCCUACAGGGGAAGGGAACUCAAGAGCUUGUUGCUGUGGCUGGCUUGCUUCCUCUUCAUCCCCAGGUGCCAGAAGCCUUCACUGAACUGAACCAAGAGGAAGCUGCAGCUGCUGCCUUUCCCCUUCGCCAACCGUCUCAUCCUCAAGGGAGAAGGCAAUUGGAGAUUUUGUAGGAGGUUCCCCUGCAUCCUCCCGCCUUUCCUCUUCCCACAAGUGCUGGAUUAAUUCGGUCUUUAUGCUUUAGGGUUGCUACAAAUUCCCAUACGUGCACCUCUCCUGUGCUCCUUACCCCAAGGGACUGACCCACUAGUAAUGCAAGCAAAGGAAUAAAACAUCCACAUUCAGUUUAA